AUGUCUCUGUGGCGUAAGCCGGGCACUCGCACAUUUCAGCUCGUCCAUCGAUCCCAACGCGACCCCCUCAUCAAUGACCCUGAAGCAAGCGACCGGGUCCUAAAGGAGGUGGGCGCGAAGCAGCGACCCAAGGUGAGCUUCGCAGCGGAACCGUUCAACGUCAUCCGAUCGCCCAAACGCGCGGAUGCGGCGUGACCGCGUUCGACACUGCCAUGCAGCAACACUGACAUCGCAUGAAACUGUGAUGCGCUCUGCGAACGUACUCUGUCUUCUCUCUUUGCCACAAUAGGGAAACGCGCCCGGGCCGCCCGCGUCGGACUUGGAGCUAACGUUCGACCGUGCCCCACGCCCGAUCGAGGCCGAUGAUGACGCCGGCGAUGCAGCUGCCUAUGGCGUGUACUUUGACGACACCAAAUAUGACUACAUGCAGCAUCUGCGUCGCGUAGGAGACGUCGGCGAGUCAUACCUCGUCGAAGCACCCAGUAAGAAAGGCAAGCGCCCGGUCGGCAACAAGAACGUUCGCUCGUCGGAAGGCGUCGUCGUCAAGGACUCGCCGUCGGCCGAGCUCGAGCUCCCCGAAGAAGCAUUGCCGUCCCAUCCGCUCGACGAAGUGUCCUACGUCGACGCGACAACUUCUCGCACCGAGACCAAGGGGCUGCAACCGGACCUGGAUCCGAACAUCCGGGAAGUCCUCGAGGCGCUCGAUGACGACGAUUACGCGCUCGAUGCAGAGGGUGACUCGGAAGACGAAGACGACUUUUUCGGCUCCAUUGUGCAAGGCGGCGAGGUUAUUGAUAGCCAUGGGUGGCAUCGUGCAAAUUUGGAUGAAGAGUCGAGACCAGAUCGAAAGGAAGGAGAUCCACUGGCACGAGGCAUGCGCGAGCUUGCGUUGACGACCCAAGGAGACGGAAAUGACAAAGUUGACGACUCUUUAGAAGCCCGCGUCGCUCGCUUCAAAGCGACAUCAGCAAACGCUCCCAGCAGCGAGCUCUCUGACGAGGACGGGUUCUCGGAAGGUGGUGACACCAUUGCCGAGCUCAAAGCCGGCAGCGCUCGGCGACCACCACGCCGGGGGGCCAGUGCGGCCAGGUCACAAUUCUCCAUGUCGAGUUCGGCCAUGUUCCGGAACCAAGGGCUACAAACGCUCGACGAGCGCUUUGAUCAGGUACGUAUUGGUUAUCAGAAGCCGGUCAGCGGUUCCACACCCGACGGCGCAAGGGACGCAAUCUUUAUUAACCAACAAACACCUGUUCAUGUUAUCGAUCUCUAGAUCGAAAAACUCUACGAGGACGAUUCUGAUGACGAAUCUUGGGGCGAAGAUUCUGAUGGACCGGGGGAAGAUGACAAUGCGCAGCCUCGUGCAAUACCCUUUGGCCAACCUCGAGAGGACCUGGAUCAGAUCCUUGAAGAGUUCCUUUCUCGAUACGAAAUUCUGGGCGGCAAAAUGAGACAUCGGGCGGAGGGUGACGAUGGAGACCUGGGUCACAUGGGCGAAUUGGAUCGACUUCGAUCCGAGCUGGCCUCGUUGGAUAUCGCCGGGUCGUCGGCGGCAACGGAUCCUGUGACGGUCGCGCGGCAAUUGGAGAAGGACUCGAUCUUGGCCGCCGUCGAACGGCAACGCAAGGAAGCUCGUGCCAGAAAGGGCAACGAAUCGAUCGAUAUCGACAAGCGGCCGAAGGAGAGGUGGGAUUGCGAAACUGUCCUCAGUCAGUUCCCUUCAACGGGUAUUCGGAGGUCUACUUGAUCGCUGACUGAGGCUAGCGCUUACUUCCUCGUACAGGUACCUACAGUAACAUCUCGAAUCACCCCCGUUUAUUGCGCGUCAAAGGUGGUCCGACGUCUCGGGCAUCCCGCAUUCGGCUUGACGAGAAAACCGGAUUCCCGAUUGUGGGAUCGGCGGUCAGGGCUGGGCUCAAGGCGGGAAGCGGUGAGACGAUAGGCGACGCUGAAGACGAGGACGAGGGGGAUGAUGAAGCUCGUAAGUGAAGGAUUGCCGGCGAACGGGUCGUUUAGGCCUACUAGGACUGACAGAGACGAUGGCCGGUCGUACGUCUCUCUUAUCCCUGCGAUAGCGCGCGUCGAGACGAUCAAGCGGCCACGAGAUGAGACCGCCGAGGACAAACGCGCUCGCAAGGGUGCGGUCAAGGAGCAACGCUCGGCUCGACGAGCAGAGAAGAAGAGCACAAAAGACGAAUUUUCACAGGAGAUGACGCGACAAAAGCGCGUGGCGGGGAGGGCUGUGGCCGAUGGAGCUGCGGCAGAUGUCCGCGUGGGCCAAGGUGCCCGUCGCCUAGCGUGA